UGGAUGUCCGACAGAAGACAAGUUGGAAAAAAUUACUAAAGUUGUCAACCAGCGUCCGUCACGUUUGCCAGUUGUACAUGCCCCACUUGUUGGGAAAAGGAUGGAGAACUUCGUAUUCCUCACUGGCAGCAAUGAUUACAUUGGACAAAUUACUGUGACCGUUUGGUGAUGAUGCCUUUGGUGUCAGGGCGCAUGUCUACCUGCCCUUUUGAAACACAUCAACAGAAAUGAGUAAAGAUCAUACACAAAUUGAAAUGGACCUGGCUUUUGGAUCAGCUAAGCCCUAUGGGUCCUCGAGAAGUAUUGUGAGGAGGAUAGCUGCUAGUCUUCCUCUUAAACCCUGCCCCAGGGUUCAUUUUCAGCUUCAUCCAUAUACUGAGGAUGCUGGUGUCUUUAUUGGCGCUAGGAGGCAGAAUGGUGUUGUGGCCUCUCUGGCUGAUAUUGCCUUGAUAGACAGGGAUGAUGAGGACGAAGACAACCUGGGCAAACCCAGGUCCGGGAUCUCACAAGGACUCGUGUUCCGAGCACGCGAGCCUCAUUCCCAGAGAAAACCUUUCACCCGCCGGAGGUCACUGCCUAGUCUACAUGAGGGGGCUCUGGAUCCCCAGGGACAAACAGUCGCCAACGAUGAGGCCUUUCAGAAGAUCAGUGUGCUGGAGAAUGAACUUGCGAAACUCAGAGCACAGAUAGCGCAGAUCGUGUUGGCUCAGGAAAAGAGCGCACAGCCAGCUGCUACCAUAGGGACACCUCCCCCUCCACCCUCUGGUGCCCUGCCUCCCCCGCCACCUCCUCCUCCUCCUCCUCCACCACCACCACCACCACCUCUUCUAGGUCUCCAGCGGACAUUUUCUGCCAUAGACUUAAUAAGGGAGCGCAGAGGGAAGAAGACAGAGGGACAGACAACUUUGGAUCCAAAGCCAGCAGAAAUUCCCAACAUGCUUGAUGUCCUGAAAGACAUUGGCAAAGUCAAGUUGCGGUCAGUCAAAAGUCGUCCAGUGGAAGUUGAUCCCAAAUUGAAGUCUAACGAGCCGGCGGAUCCUGCAACUCUCAUCGCAGAGGCCCUGAAACGCAAGUUCGCCCACCGUUAUCGACACAACAGUGAACGAGAUGACAAGGAAGAGUUCAGUCUUCCUGUUCCAGCAGUGAAACCUCAAACUGAAACCCCUUUGUUUGGGCAGCACAUGUUGAAAAAAACUGGAAAAAAGAAGUUGCUCUGAACAGGUGAUUCUGAGCCGGAGGUCCAGAUGUACCACCGACACUUUGAAGUGCCUCAUCAACCUUUUAAUAUCAGCUGUUUCUGUGGAAGGACAAGGGAUUCUGUCUGAAAUAGAUGACUAGUCUGCUUCAAGUAUCAGUCAUCUCAUAAUAUUGCAUCUGAUGAUCAUCUUGACCAUCUGUUUUUGCACUUUUCUAACUUAUAAUAUUAGCUUUCUCUUUUAGAAACAUGAUUUUUUAUGUUUAACUGAAUGUUUUUUGUUUUUGUGUUGAAUAGUCUGAAUUUAUGUCCAUCACAGUCCUCGGCGAACAAGUUGGAGGCAUGAGCACAUCUUUCAGCAACACUACAGAAUAGUUAAAAUCGGUUUUAUUGUUCAGUCAUCACUUUGGAUUUUGUUAAACUUUUGUUGCACACAACAUAGUUGGUCAUUUCCAUUCUCAUGGGGUUUGUGAAAGCCAGAUAGUUAUUCUACCAUAAGAAGAAAGGGAGCACUUUCUUACUCAUGGAAUAUUGUGCUUUAUUGUUCAUGUAUGUAUCAUGACAUGUAGAUUAAUUUAUAAUUGGGAUACGUUUAUUUAUGUUAGAGUUAAAAUAGAUAAUUAAGUUUUGAACAGGUAAUUAUGUUACAGAUUUUACUGUUAUUAAUUCCAGGCAGGUUUUGAAGAGUUUUGUUGGAUCCUGUGUUGGGUCCCAGUUGCCAGUCUUGCCAGGACUUGUGUGUGUUUUGCUGGUUAAAAUAAAUGUCUCAGUUUUAGUUGACAUUAUUUAUCUCUGUUCUACAAUUAGAUUAAAGGGCCAAAGACAUUCCAGUUGUGCUCUGCGAGAUUCUGCCUUUCACUGCCAAAUGACCUUUUUCUGUUUCCUAUUUGGGAUACUACUGUAACUGUUCAGCAAACUUUAUAUUUCUAGAUUAUUAACGGUACAGUUACAUGUGUAAUGUUAUGUUGCUUUAUCAAUACUUCUCUUGAUAAGAGAAGUCCUUUUUAUCAGAAGCAUGUAAGACUCACAGUUCAAAAUCCUCAAAUAAGUACUUGUUGUGGUUAACUUUGUAUUGACAACAUAUUUUAGUCAUGGGUCCUAAGGCACCCACUGUUAUCAGUGUCCCAAAGGUGUAAAUGAUGGUUUUGUGCCAGCAAUCUUCACAUUGUCAUGCCUCAGUUUGAACUUGUGUCUCAGAAAAUGAAAACUACUGUCAUGCAAGCACUUUGUUCCAAGUGUCUGAUUGCAGUUGUUCCCAGUUUUGUUCACUAUGCCAGUGUAGUUGCUGCUUCCACACAACUUCACUAGUAUUACCUUUUAUAUAAAGGGAAGGUGUGUCAGUACUAAGUGUUCAAGGGUUUGUAGAAACGUUGUCUUCCAUAAAAACUAUCCACUUGAAUUGUUGAAUCUCUAAAUAAAAGUUUGUCUGCCUCA